GAAUCGCGCGCUCCCGCCGUUGAAGAAGACGCUACUCAUCAUGUGUCACAAGCGGGGAAGUCACUGAGAAGAAUGUCUGAGGUAAAUCCUCCCACAGAAAAAGUCUCUGUUACAGUGCCAGAGUCAGAGACUCCACCCCUACAGAAGGAUACAGGGCCUGCGACUGGUGGACUGCGACUGCGAUCUGUACCAGGGGCUUGUUUGCUGUUCGCUGGCCUUUUGCUAAUAGUAGGAAUCGGCAUUGCUGUGGGAGGAUAUUGGAACAGUCAACCACGCCGACAAACACCACUUUAUGUUUCAACCGGACGCACCUCUUCAGAGAAACUGAAACUCGUUGGUCCUGUCAUCAUGGGAGUGGGCCUUUUCAUUUUUAUUUGUGCCAAUACAAUUCUCUAUGAGAACCGUGACCAAGAUCUACGUCAAGAACCAUCACACGGCCAAGGAGAGAACCAGGAGAACCUCCCUCUGGCACAACAAACUCAGAAACACAGCAAUAGUAAUUCGAAAUGGUUUUCGCAAACAGAAUUAAACACCAAUACACAUACACUGAACUUGUCUGAACUCAACAUCCAUUGCCUGGAUGAAGGUGUGGACCUUCCCACCCUUAGGUGUUCUUCUCCAUCCUCCUGUAACUCUGGCCAGGUAAACGUGGAGACACGACCUUCUUUCAACGAUCACAGGAACUUGGAAACAUUAACAUUGCCUGUUAUCAAACUUAAUGACUGCCUGAUUGGCUCCUUAGACCCAGAGGCUCCGCCUCUUCCUGAACGGACGUAUCGAAACAAGAUGGGACAAGAAGGUGUGGAAGUCACACUACUGAAUCCUACAGACUUAUCUCUAAAGACAGUGGAAAAAGCAGAGCUGAAGGAUUGGUAGUCUUGUGACUUCUGUCAUUCCCGCAAUCCUUGCCUAAAAUCUUUUGGGUGAAAAUAUUUGUCAAACAGUUAGUUGUACAGUUUAUCUUCAUACUGUAGAGAGUACAGUGAUAUUUGUCACAUAUUUAUUUGUAAUGUUCAAAUAUUGUGGGUCACAUCCACAUCCUUAUAUGCCCCAAGUCUAUUUAAUGUUAUUUAACCUUGAAUGCACUGUAAGUCACUUUGGAAAAAAUAACUAUUAAUGGUAGCCUACUAGUAACUGUACAUGCUAAGCUUAACUUAUCUGAGAGAGAUACAUUGUUGAUUUUUAAGCUUUUUCAAUUUUUAUUAUUAAAUUAAAUAGCAAAGACACUUCACAUCAAAAUUGCCAUCUUACACUUAGUUGCCCUUAAAAAUGCAUAAACAGCAGUGUUGUAGAGGUUGAGUAAUAGCAAUUGUGAAUUCCUUACAUUAGUUUGAUAGUAACAUUAGGCUUCAGAUUCAUGUAAAUUGUUAGUAAACAAUUAUAC